CACAAGCCAUCGCGCUACAGCAAACCUUAUCUCCUCCGCCUCGACUACUUCCGGAGCACAUCAGCAGCAGGAUCAGCCCGAAAAUAUUCGAGAGCGGCCAAAGCUCCCCCGCCGAGGCAGCAUGAACACCACUGAGUUCUUCACGGGGCUUGAAAUGAUGGGGCCGAUAUUUGGAGGAGUUGGUGAAGGAAGCCUGGAGAUUUAUGAAAACAAACAAGGCAGCAAUGGCACCAUGUUCGAGAUCUGCUUUCAGAAGAAGCAGCCAGACGAUGAUAAUGACACAACUAAAUUAGUUGUGUCCGGUGAAGCUUCAAAUGACACAAUGCUGAGCUUUAACGGAACCCUGAUCAGCAGCAUUGUAGCAAUUCGUGCUGCCUUUGGUAGAUACAUCGGAGAUUUCAGCUACACCAAAAUGAUUAUGAAGAAUGGACCAUUCAUGCAUGCCAGAUCACAGCUGCAAGCUGCUUUAAACAAAUAUAGAAGCUUACGUGAUGCAGGAAAUGCAUACCGUCGCACACUUAUUGGAAUUUUGACAAACUCUUCUGCUGCUCCUCAACUAGGAACCAAAUGGUUUGAUGAUCUUGGGGCUAUAGUGUACCCGACAGCAGCAGCAUUCCGUGAAGCAGAAGAUACCAUUGCUAAUAUCAUAGCACCUCCAACCAUCACUUCAGACGCUGGUUCCUUCCUCCACGGCAUGACCGUGCCACAGGCAAGUAAUCUGGACAAAUCGAAAACAACAUCCUGUCAUGCACAUCUCAAAGAACUUGAAUAAUUUCCAACAAACAUGUCAUGCAUUUCAUCAUAUUGGGCAAUAGAUUUCGCAAACAGCAAAAGCAAUUAUUCACUGGACACAUUGCAUCCCAGAAACUUUCGUAAUGGCCCUUACUAUUUCACCCUAAUAUUUUUUCGAUGCAGUUUGACAAGGAUGCCUCAUUUUUCAUAAUAAAGUUCAUAUUUGAACGGGUCAUGCGGACUGUGAAUGGCAGAGUUCCAACCGUCCAGACCCACCAAAUUGGGCAAACAACUUUCCAAUCAAUCCUUAGACUCAGUUAUUCUGGGGUGACAAUUCUUGGUGAACCUGCAGAAACACAAUAUGCCGCCAGGGUCAAUGUGAUGGUGAAAACACUCACACAUAUUGAAGCAGCUGCGAACUUAACUAUACGAGAUUUGACAUAUGACAUGCUUGCACACAUGGAGAACAAGAUAGCGAGUGUAGAGCAAGAGGUUGAAGUAGUAAAAGCAACUGGGAUGAAGAUAAUGGAUGCAACCAAUGUUUCAUUUUCUGGAUUGGGCUCACUCAUGCAAUCUUUGGGUAUCACCGAAGCAGUUCUCAGUUCAGCAGAGGGUCCAGGGCCAUUAAUUGGAGAUCUAGUCAGGACACUUGAUGGUGACAAGGUGAACGUUGACAGUGCAUAUGCCGACCUUCUGGCUUUCCAGAUCAAAGCUUACCAGGAAAACUGAACCAGCUGGAAGAGAUCAGAAGAUCAGACGGAGAGAAAAAUUGGAAAGACUCUUCGUCGUCAGCAAUAUAUCUAAUUAUGAACUUAAGAACUAUCACUGUAGUGUUACCCCCCCCCCC